AUGCCCUUUGACAUAGAGUCAAAGAAUGUUCUCAGAGAAAAUUCUGCUGCUGAUAAUCGGGAUAAUCCUGAAGUGCAGGUUCCUCAGAUCAAGCCAUUGGAAAGACAUGCUGUGAACAAAGAUGUGGAUUUAAAUCUUCUAGCAAAACCGAAAGUGCCAAUACAGGAUGAGUUAAAUGCCAAUGAUACCACCAAAGAAAGUGGUGUCCCCAUGUAUGAAAAAGAAAGAGAAAUACAACAAUAUACCAAAGAUGGUUACAAGGGAGAGGGGAAUGGCUCUGAGUGGGCUGAAGUAGAAAGGAGUUCUACACAAUCUACAGUAGCAAACGAAGAGGGGAACACUGAGGGUCUGAAAGGGGGCAUAGGAAAACCAGAAACAUAUGGUCAUGAUGGGAUACAUGGACAAGAAGAUAGCGCCACCGUAAAUGGCAUCAGGGGGCAAGUAAGCAUCAUCAACAGUGCUGACACAGCAAAUGGGAGCGAUAUUAAUGGAAUUGUUGACAAGCAUUCAGAAAAUGGGGGUGUUGGAAAUGCAAGUCAGAGUGAGGAUGCCACUGUUGUCCAAGAAGAUGGACCUCAAGCAGCUGGAAGCAACAACAGUACAGGUCAUGAGGAUGAAAUAAAUGGGAAUUUCUGUAGAAAUGGGGGUGAUACAAGUGCAGUAACACCACAGAGAGAAGGAGAGAGAAGUGGGAAUGAGGAAACAGGGGUCACACCAGGAGGAAGUGGAAUUGGCAAUAGAGAAGAUGUUGGCCUGGAUAAUUCUGAUGGAAGUGCUAGUGGGAAUGGAGCAGAUGAGGAUGAAGACAAGGGCUCUGGUGAUGAUGAAGGUGAGGAAACAGGGAAUGGAGGAAAGGGCACAGAAAACAGCAAGGGCCAGGAGGGUCAGCCUUAUGGAAAAGAAGAUGAUGACGACAAUAGCUUAGGUCAAAAUUCAGUUAGUAGUGAAGACGGUGACCCUGGGGACAAAAAAGACUCCCAUGCUGUUGAUGGAGACAACACCUCCAAGAGUGAGGAAGAGUCUGACCAUAUUCCAGAAGACAAUGGUAGUCAAAGAAUAGAGGGCACUCAAAAACCCAGUCACAAAGAAAUCAAAGCUGUGGAAAAUGGAAUCACUGAAAAAUUAGAGCCACCUGCUAUUGGGAAGAGCCAAGAUAAGGGAACAGAAGUUGAAGUUCCCAGCAGUGGCAACAGAAACAAUAUUACCAAAGAAACUGGGAAAGUCAAUGAAGACAAAGAGAGUAAAGGCCAAAAUGGAAUGAUUGUGGGCAAAGGAAAUGUCAAGACCCAAGGAGAGGCUGACAUCAUGCAAGGACUUGGCCAGAAAUCAGAGCCUGGAAAUAAGUUUGGACCCAGCAAAACACGUAGUGACAGUAACAGUGAUGGAUAUGACAGUAACGAGUUUGAUGAAGAAUCCAUGCAAGGAGAUGAUCCCAACAGCAGCGAUGAGUCUAAUGGCAGUGAAGAUGCCAAUUCUGAAGGUGAUAAUAACCACAGUAGCCGAGGAGAUGCUUCUUAUAACUCUGAUGAAUCAAAAGAUAAUGGCAGUGACAGUGACUCACAAGGAGGAGACGAUGAUGAUCAUGAUAACACAUCAGAUGCUAAUGAUAGUGACAAUGAUGACAAUGGUAACAAUGGAGGUGAUGACAAUGGCAAAUCAGACAGCAGCAAAGAUAAAUCAGAUGACAGUGACAGCAAUGACAGUAGUCAUAGCAGUGACAGCAGCGACAGCAGUGACAAGUCAGACAGUAGUGACAGCAGUGAUAGUAGUGACAGCAGUGACAGUAGUGACAGCAGUGACAGCAAUGACAGCAGUAACAGCAAUGACAGUGACAGCAGUGAUAGCAGUGAUAGUGACAGUAAAUCAGACAGCAGUGACAGCAGUGACAGUGAAUCUGACAGUAGUGAUGAGAGUGACAGCAAGAGCAAGCCUGGUAAUGGCAACAACAGUGGAAGUGACAGUGAUAGUGACAGUGAAGGCAGUGACAGUAAUCACUCAACCAGUGAUGAUUAGAACUAAAGAAAAACCCAUGAGAUUCCUUUUGUGAAAAAUCUGGUGAGUAAUUGAUAGGAAGUAAAGAUUUCCAGGGAAGUAGAGAAAGGGGAGAAAUAAACAGAAGACAUAUGUAAACAUCCACAUAUCCACAGAAACGACGAGAGAAGUAGUCAAACUGUCAGAUUCAGAACCAAGUGCCAACACCUUCAGAGAGAGAAUCUGACUGUGUACAUGCAUGUUAAAUAUGUCCUGAAAAGAUUUUGUUAAAAGUAUAAACGUAAACAUAACUUAACAAUUAAAAUAUUCUUUAAUACUUUACACAGAAACCUCAAUUAAUCACUUACUCAGUAACUUCAACUCAAGUGCCAAGUGCUUUAGAGAACGUAGCAAGUAAACACAUCUUAUAAACAACCUGUGGCAUUGCCUUAAUCAGUCAGUAAUUAUAUGUCCUGGAUAGAUGGUCUGCAUACUGCCGAGUAAAAGAUGCUGUUACCAUGAU